AUGGAAUAUCCAUGUGUUAGAUUUACUGAUUUACCUGAUGAAAUUCUUAUGAUUAUUUGUCAAAAACUGAACAAUUUUGACGUUCUUUACUAUUUAAAAGGUAUUAAUCAACGAAUAGAUAGAAUUGUUCAUGAUUCAACUUUUACAAGUCGUUUGAGCUUUGUCAAAUGGUCGAAAUGUAAUUUUAUCGAUCUAUUAGAUUGUGAUACGAUACUUAAUCGAUAUUGUUUACAAAUUUUACCUGAUAUUCAUGAUAAAAUUAAAUGGCUUGAUCUCGAAGCAUCAUCUAUGAAACAUAUUUUAUGUGCUACUGAUUAUCCUAAUUUAAAUAGUCUUGGUCUUUACAAUAUCGAUGAAGAGUCAAUUCAAUAUCUUUCUACGAAUGAAAACUUGUCGUCUGAAAUUUUCAAAAAUCAGAUAACAACAUUUACUCUUGCGAUUAAUGGUAAUAAUGAGAACUAUGAAAUGUUAGAAUCAAUAGCAAACAUUUUUAAUUCCAUCUUCGUUGUAUUUACACGUCUGACUACUUUAAUAUUAUAUGAAUCAUCGUAUAAAAAUCGUGUUCGAUUAGAUUUUAAUGAUCCAUUACUUCCUAAUUUUCGUUCUUCAACUCUUAUGCAAUUGAUUAUUAAUGUACAAUGUUUUGAUGAUUGUCUUUGUCUUCUUGAUGGUCGUUUUACUCAUCUUCAUACACUCUGUGUCGAGUUGGCUAACAUUCAUUCUUCACAUGAAAUUCAAAAUCAAGGCGAUUUGCCAAAUCUAAAACGUUUUUCUAUCUCCUGCAAUUACGGAACAUGUGAUUAUAAUGAUAGAAUUCUUCCACUUUUACAUCGAAUGUUUAAUCUAGAAGAACUCAUUCUAUGUCUUACAGUCUGUCAAGAUAAAACAUUUAUUGAUGGAAACAAUUUGAAGAAAGAUAUUAUUAAUCAUAUGCCACGAUUAAAUCGAUUUUCAUUUUCUAUUGACUCGUUUAUGUUUCUCAAUAAUCAAAUAAAUCUCCCAUCAACAGAAGAUAUUCAAUGCACAUUCAUCGACUUUUCAAAUAUUAAAGUUAUUUCCUAUGUUGAUUAUUUUCCAAAAGCAAAACGAGGUCGAUGUCUUAGCUAUUCUUAUCCGUCUCUAAUGCAAUAUUAUGGCAUUAUUACAAAUAAUUUUCCUGGUGGAUUAUUCAUUAAUGUUCGUAUAGUGUCAUUAUUUGAUGAACAUCCAUUUGAACAUGAAUUUUUUAAUGGAAUACAAAAGUCAUUUCCACUUAUGGAAAGAUUAUCUGUUAAAAAUGAUAAACCACAAAAUUUCAAACAAUUUUAUAGAUCAAUUAAUGAUAAUCGAAAUUUCUCUGUUAUUGAAUAUCCUUUUCUUAAUGAAUUGAUAAUUGUUAGUGUUCAUGAUGAUUAUAUAGAACAAUUUCUACUUCAUUUUAAAGCGUGUUUCCAAGAUAUUAUUCUUUCUAUCAAUUAUGAAUCUUUACAACGAAUAACACAUCAUUUCACAAGAGAUGAUACACGAAUUAAUUGUGCUAAAAUAAAUAAAUUAGUUUUAUAUGGUGAUAAAAAACAUUCGAAUUGUUUACAAGAAUAUUUUCCUUGUGCAAAAAUUUGUUAUUGA